AAGAUGGAAGAAAAAGUUCAAGCUGGAGGAGUAGAAGGUUUUUAUCGAGGUUCCGAUGGCGCAUUGGAGUUCAGAGGCAGGAUUGUUGUGCCAAAAGUCGAGGCUUUACGAAAGGAAAUCUUGUCAGAAGCACAUAGUGCACCAUAUUUAGCUCACCCUGGAAGCACCAAAAUGCAUCAUGACUUGAAAAAGUCAUUUUGGUGGAAAGGGAUGAAAAGAGAUGCAGCAGAUUUUGUGAAGAGAUGUUUGGUCUGUCAGCAAGUUAAGGCCGAGCAUCAAAU